UGUAAGUGCUUUGACUUUUGUGAUUAUUUAUGUAAAAAUUGAUUGUCUUAUUUGUGAAAAUAUGUUGUGUGAUAAUGGUGUAGUUAAAUCUGGAGUGGUAUGUAAGUAAGGAGGAUCGUCAUCGGCCGGAAAUCCGUGCAGCUUUCCACAUGGAUGAGGGAGGGAUGAGUGAAGGAUCCAGCACUAAAGGACCCAAGCUUGAGGAAGAUGAUGACGAAAGCUCUGAUGACGGCACAUGGGAAGUAGGUGCCGAGGAGAGAUUGAGGAAAAACAAUGAAGGACUCAGAGCAUUGAAUGCCAAGAUUGGAGUUCUUACUAGGGAGUUAAUUGAGAUUUGUGAAACUCCAAUCUUUACCGUAAAAGAUGCAUGUGGUAGUGAUGAAGAAGUUGGUGGCGGAGUUGAUGAAGCACCUGAAGUUGGGGGUGACCAAGAGCCUGAAGUUGGUGGUGAUGGUAAUUCAGUUGAUGACCCUCUAGGUGCAGAUACGGAAGCAAGAGGGGAGGAUAAAACCUCAUAUGAAGAUGAGAUAGUUUCAAGAAGUGAUGAAAAAAUUGUUUUUAUUGAAAUCGACGAUGAUGGUGAUGAAGUCCAACCUGAGGUCGUCCCAUUGGUUAUCCCCCCAUUGCGCAAUUUUGCUGGGGAUCCAAGGACCACUGUUGAUGUAGACCAAUUGUAUAGAGCAGUAAGCAUCAGAGAGAUCACUAUAUACAAGUAUUUGGUGUGAACUGUAGCUAUGGUUGGCCAAUCUGUUUUCAAUGUGAUUGACUAAUAUUUAUAUGUUUAGGGUUGUAAGCGAGAUAAUUGGGCAAACCUUGAGCACGACUUCAUUUUACACUUUGGCCCCGAUGAAAUACGUUGAUAACAUGGUGGUGUUAUUUGCUUGUACCAUGUUUAUGUACUUUGAGAAAAGGUUGUGCGGUGUUGUUAAGAGGAUUCAUUUUAGUCCAUUAUACUCGCACAAUAUUCUUACAGAUUAUAGGAAACGUCCCCAAAAUCGUCAUGUAUUCACGCUUCAUAACUAUCAGUUAUCUGCGUUGCGAUCAUUUUGGACUUGGAGACUUUGGCACAGCUGAC